UCUUUCCAUAUCUCUCCCCAAACUCUUUUCUUUUUGUCUCAUCUUCUUUCUCCUUCCCCCAAAAUCCCAAUUUCUUUUUCACUGAAACCCAAAUCCUUAAAUGGGUCCAUCAUCAAAAAAAUCACACAAAAUCCUCUUAUUAAUUCUCACCAUUUAUUCAUUAUCAUCACAAACAACAUCAUUAGCUGCAUCAAAAGACAUCACAACCUUAGUUUUCAAAGGUUGUGCCAACCAAAAAUUCCAAGACCCAUCUGGCAUCUCAUCACAAAAUCUCCAAACAUUAUACAACACUCUUAUAUCUCAAUCUUCCUCGAAUACUUUUUACAACACGACAACAGGUAACGACCAGUUAACAGCUACUUCUCUAACUGGCCUGUACCAGUGUCGUGGAGAUUUAAGUAAUUCAGAUUGCAAUAAAUGCAUUAAAAAAGUACCUGACACCAUCCAAAAAGUAUGCGGGGGCAAUACUAUUGCUGCCCGCAUACAGCUGGAUGGUUGUUAUUUAAAAUACGAGGUUGUUGGGUUCCCGCCCGCUUCGUCCACUGACCUGUUGUUUAAACAGUGUGGGACGAAUCGGGCAAGUGGGUCCGGGUUUGAUCAGAGAUUGGAAUCUGCAUUGGAACAGAUACAAAAAGGUGUUGGAAAUGAUAAAGGGUUUUAUAGUGGUGUGUAUCAAUCUGUAUAUGUUUUGGGACAGUGUGAAGGCGAUUUAGGAAAUGAUGAUUGCGGAAACUGUAUCAAGUCUGCUGGCGAGAAUGCGAAAAGCGUGUGUGGGAGCUCGCUUUCGGCCCAGAUUUAUUUGGAGAAAUGUUAUAUAAGUUAUACUUACUAUCCUAAUGGAGUUCCUGGAUCAGGGACGGGUGGUGGUGGUGGCGGCAUACAAACAGGGGAGACGGAGACAGGCGGUGGAGGAGGGCGACAUAGUACGCAAAAAACGGUGGCGAUUAUCAUCGGUGGAUUAGCAGGAUUGUUUCUAGGAAUAGCUUUCUUGCUUGUUUUGAAAUCAGCUUUCAAGAAGAAAAAGGAGAAACAUUCUCAUUACGGAGGUUAUUGAUAAAGGAGGAGAUAAUGUUGAACUAUUUUUGGAGCUUUCUAAGUGGAGGAUGUAAAGACAAAGACAAUGACUCUUACUUUUCUAUUUUUAAUUUUGUUUUUAGUUUUUAGUUUCGGUUUACAUAUUCCAUUCUCGUGUAAUUUUUGUUCUAUAUAUUUAAUGAGUUUAUAUAUCUUUUUUCCCUUGUA